UAAGACAAAACCAGGCCGUGAUUUUCGGGAAGACACGAGGAAGGCGGACCGCUUAAUGUUUUUAUUGCAUUUUGAUUGGUUGAGCAGCGCUGCAUUUGCUCUGUGAUUAGUUGUUAAAAUGCCAAUCUUUGGCUCUGCCAGAGAAAACCACUGCGUUGCGUUUGUGAUUUCACAGAAAGUCAGUCGUGAUCCAGUUGAGCCGUGGGUGGAUAGAGAGAGCCUUCCCCUGUUUACCUUCAUCCGAGCUGAGAUAACCGCGUUACCAGUGCCUACUUGGUUUAUUGUUCUUCGUUGUUUUUUCGGGAUAAGGUUUGUCCAUUUAUUCCCUGGUGUGUUUGUGGAGAUAGGACGCCCUGGAUGUCAGGGAUUCCCCCAAACUGAAGAGCGACCGUCAUUUCUCAGGCUAAGCUAGCAGGCAGCCAGCCACACGGCCAAACGGGUGGGGGUGGAUUUCUACAUUUCGGCCCACGGAAAGUGAAUUUAAAUGACGUGAGGAGCGUGUGUUGGAACAAUGACGAGCAGAGUACGUGGAUGUAAUGGUGGAGAGUCGGUAGAAAGUGAAGAAAUGGCCGUGGAUGAGAAUUUUUAAAGAGGUGUAAAGUGUUUUCAGCUAAGCGACGCUAGUUACUUAGCUUUAACUGAUAAGGAAGUUUAGCCUCAUUGCUAACUCUGACCAAUGCUUGACUAAAGGUCGCCUUAAACGCGUUUGUUACAAAGUUAAUUAUCCGUACAACGGGCCGAUUAUGGUGGUUUACGAAAAUGGAGGUUCAUAAUGUUAACAUAUCCUUGUGACUUUUAAACCAAAAACCAGUGUCAGUCAUAAAGUGUAAGCUUGUAAACAAAGAGUUAGGAGCUCCACCUGUUCACAGCGACGUCACACCUCGAGGUACUGUCCGAAUAUUGUAUCAAAACUCACCCAGUGAAAUGGAUUUAAAGACGGCAGUAUUUAAUGCAGCAAGGGACGGUAAACUUCGGUUGCUGCAGAAACUCCUGGAGAACAAAGAUGGACAUGAAGUGACAAAGAUAAUUGGCGAGAAAACAAACGGGGCCACGCCGCUCCUGAUGGCCGCCCGUUACGGCCACCUGGACUUGGUGGAAUAUCUGCUGGAGUGCUGCUGCGCACCUGUGGAGGUAGGUGGUUCAGUGAACUUUGAUGGAGAGACCAUAGAGGGGGCUCCACCGCUUUGGGCUGCCUCGGCAGCGGGACACCUAAAGGUAGUCCAGUCUCUGCUGGGCCAUGGUGCUUCAGUCAACAGCACAACCCUGACCAACUCCACACCACUGAGGGCAGCCUGCUUUGACGGACACCUGGACAUUGUGAAAUAUCUGGUGGAGCACAAGGCUGACCUGGAGGUAGCCAACCGACAUGGUCACACAUGCCUGAUGAUUUCCUGCUACAAGGGACACAAGGAGAUAGCUCAAUACCUGCUCGAGAAAGGUGCAGAUGUCAACCGGAAAAGUGUUAAAGGAAACACAGCCCUCCAUGACUGUGCAGAGUCAGGCAGUCUAGAAAUCAUGAGGAUGUUACUCAAGUUUGGAGCUUCCAUGGAGCAGGAUGGCUAUGGCAUGACACCACUUCUCUCUGCCAGUGUCACGGGUCACACCAACAUAGUAGACUAUCUGACAACACAUCAGCAGACAAGCCACAGGGAGCGGAUAGAUGCCCUGGAGCUGUUGGGAGCCACAUUUGUUGACAAAAAGAGAGAUUUACUCGGAGCUCUGAAAUACUGGAAGAGAGCAAUGGACCUCAGAUACAUAGACAGUAACAGCAUUGUCCAUAAACCUGAACCCAAGCAGCUAAUCAUGGCCUAUGACUACGCCCGAGAGGUGACAAAUGGAGAAGAGCUGGACGGCUUAAUUUCCGACCCAGAUGAGAUGCGGAUGCAGGCUUUGCUAAUCCGAGAGAGAAUCCUUGGCCCACAACAUCCAGACACAUCUUAUUACAUCCGCUAUCGAGGUGCGGUCUAUGCAGACUCUGGGAAUUUUGAGCGCUGCAUUAAUCUGUGGAAGUAUGCACUGGACAUGCAGCAGGGCAAUCUGGAUCCCCUCAGCCCCAUGACUGCCUCCAGCCUGCUCUCCUUUGCUGAGCUCUUCUCCUUCAUGCUGCAGGACAGAGCCAAAGGGCUGUUGGGGACGUCUGUGUCAUUUGAGGACUUGAUGGGAAUCCUGUCCAAGAGCGUGUUAGAGAUUGAGCGAGCAGGCAGGCAAAAUGGACAAACGCCUUCUGACCCCGCACAGCUGAGCAAGGCACUGUCAAUCAUUCUGCACCUCAUUUGUCUAUUGGAGAAGGUGCCUUGUACUACAGAGCAAGAUCACUUCAAGAAGGAAACAAUCUAUAGGUUCCUGAAGCUUCAGCCAUGUGGUAAGAGCGGCUACAGUCCAUUACAUCUGGCAGUGGAUCGGAACACCACGUGUGUGGGUCGCUAUCCUGUCUGUAAAUUCCCCUCCCUUACUGUCGCUUCCAUCCUCCUGGAGUGUGGGGCAGAUGUUAACUGUCGGGAUGAAGAUGGUAACAGCCCUCUCCACAUAGCCGCAUCAAACGGUCACCCUGACAUCAUGAACUUGCUCAUUUCCGGUGGGACUCACUUCGACAGCACUAACGCCUUCCAACAAACCGCCUGUGACCUCCUGGAUGAGAAGGAGUUGGCCAGGAAUGUCAUCCAGCCCAUAAACCACACCACGUUGCAGUGCCUCGCCGCCAGGGUUAUCAUUAAGCAUGGCCUGGAAUACCAGGGAAACAUCCCUGAGAAACUGGAGUCCUUUGUCCUGCUCCACAGAUAAUGAUUGUGAAGGAGCAGAGGCUAAAGAUUGAAUGGCUGGAUGGAUGGAUUCAGGAGGUGGUGUUCUUACGUCACAGAGCAUAUGAGAUUCAAUACCUGACUCUCUUCAGGUGUGAUGAAAUAAGAAACCAAACCAUUUUUUUAGGGUGAGCAUUUGCAAAUCAGAAGUAUUUGAAGAGCGUAAAUCCGAUUGUCCAUGUGCACAAAAUGUCCUCAGUCAACCAGUGCAAUGUGGAGAAAUGUGAAUUAAACAGAGAGAGGAGACACUGUCCUCCUCCUUUGUGCUGUUUGAUGCAGCUGCAUCACUCUGGGAUCUGAGAUGUAUUCGGAGUGAACUGCAACAUGGAACAAACCAAUGUAUAUUUGAACUGAGCAAAGGGUUACUGUGUUUUUAUGCUUUAGAAAACAUAAUUUUUUUGCAUAUUCCACAAUGCUAUUUAUUGAAUGAAACUUGAGAGAUUUUUCUCCAUGCUGGCUCCAAAUCUGGCCUCAACUUUGCCGUUUCUUUCUUCUCAGAGCAAGGAUUAAGGUAUUUCUACACAUGCUGGGACUUCAGGUUAGGUUUUUGUUUUUUGGUCACUGUUGCCAACAGUCAUGGGCCCCUUCCUCAGUCAUCAGUAGUUAUUGUUUUUUUUGUUGUUGUUGUUUUUUGUAUUUUACAGUGAACAUAGUCAUUGUCAUGCAAAUCUGGAAAUCAGCCAGUGGUGUGGAUCUGUCAUUUGUUAUUAGUCCCACUCUGGUGUAAAACAAAAAGCUUUAUGAGAAGGGUUAAUGUGUGUGUGAAUACCGCAAGUGCUUUAUACUUCCUAUGCACAGGCUAUGCUGUUGUAAAGAGAGACUGUGCUGUGUAUUCUGUACUCGCACCUGUCUGUGCAAUAUCUCCCAUAAGUUUUUGUGUUUACCUCAUCGCUGCCGUUUUCCUCUAGUAUCUGGCUGCUUCACUCACUGAAGGUGGAGAUACAAAUUCAUGAAGUGUGAAUGGGUUUUUUUGGGGGGGUGGGGGGAUUACACAAACCUUUGAGGACAACUGUGUGGUGGAGUGGAAAUUCCAAAUUGCACGACUGCCACUGAAACACCACACUGGCAAAACUUUAACCAUCCACAACCGUUGAUGUGUGCAUGCCUGUCAACAGAAGUUACCUCCCAAUGUUCAGACACAGUCAAACUAUAGAUGCCAUUCAAUGAUCAAAAGGAGAACUCUGUAUUUGGACGCUGUCAUCAUCGACCCACUGUGCAUGUGCAGCAGCAUUGUGACCAACUAAUUCUUCAUAACAAGUCAUAGACUAGACCUGAUCUAGGAAAUAUCUGCUUGCGUUGUACAACAGUCAUCCAAGUGUACUGUAUGGAAGCCAAAGGCACAAAUGAGAGGGAGAAAGUGUCGACGUACGGAAUAGUACAGCUUUGUGAUCUUUGUUUGCACAUUAGCAUUAGAUGUCUGGAUUAAAAAAGGGCUUUUUCAUAAUCCGAAGGAUUUCACAUCUCAGUUUAUUCAACCUGACAGUUGUAAACCAGACAUGGGGAAUGUGUGAAGACUCCCAGGACAACUUGACUUAAAUCUGCACUUUACCACAGCGGAGUUGAAAUUGAUUUGAUAUGCCAUUAAUCAAGCUCAUGUCUUAAUAACAGUUCGACAAUAAACCCAUGUUGCACUUG